CUGUGUGCGACCGACAGUCUCUUCAGUGUCCGCUCGGGAUCCGAUCAUCGCACGUGCACCGUUUGCCGACCGUCAAUCAUGCAAACCGCGCGCCAACAGCUGUCGCCGGUUAAAAUAUUAUAUUAUAAUACAACAACGUUAUCGUUGUAACGUUACGCCUAUACAGUGUGAUGAUAGUUACCGUUUGUUAUGUGAAGUGAACGAGAAAAACUGAAAAAAUUAUUUAUUAUAAUAAGUCCGUUUAAAACAAUUAUUUUCACCGAAAACUACGAUUUUCGUUCGGUCAACCUAACCGGAACUGCUUACUCGCUUACACGCCUACUACAGUAUAACUCCCAGAAUGACGUGGCUAAGGAGCGAUGGAGGGCCCGUGUUCUAUGGUUACAGCAACCGCACGCCCGUCACCGGCGACGUGCAAAUGAUAUCCACUUGUUUGGUGUUCGGCACGAUCUUCGUCGCUUUCCUAAUCAUUUUCCCCGGAGUCCGGAAAGAAAGGUUCACCACCUUCACGACGGUUACCUUGAGUCUGUUCGUCGGCAACGUUAUACUGGUGUCGAUAUUGGGUUCCAGUUGGCACGUAGCCCGGACCGUUAUCACUAGUGCUUAUCGAGCCCUAUCCAAAGAGCUGAUAACCGCCGAACUCGGUGCCUACGUCGGACUCGGUCACAUCAACAUCACGCUUACCGCACUGCCGACCGACAACUCGUCCAUGUCGGUCGAAGACAUCAGCUUCAACGAACGUUUCUCGUGGUUGGAAGCUCACGAGAUGGGCGAAAGUUACCAAGCCGCCUUAUACCGAGGUCUUCCCUUCCCCAUACUGACCGUCGCCGAGUACUUUAGUCUGGGCCAAGAAGGAUUCGCCUGGGGCGGUCAAUACCGAGCCGCCGGCUACUACGGCACCAUAUUCUUGUGGACUGCGUUCGUGUCGUGGUUCCUGAUGAACGUGCUACUGGUGGUGGUCCCUCGGUACGGGGCUUACACCAUGAUGGCCACGGGCAGUUUCAUGGUAGGCGCGACGGCCGCUUACCACUGUAUGCUCCCGUGGAUACCGCUAGUCAUACGGUUCCAAGACGACAAGUUUCUACUGUUCAAGUUGGGCUGGUGUUUUUGGCUGACUCUGUUCACGGGUAUGCUAUGCAUAGCCGUCGGACUCAUAAUCGUGGCCGUCGACUGCGUGUACCCACACAAGUUCUCCACCAUACUGGAGGUGGACUUCGACACGCCCUACGACCGGCACAUCAUCAUCGAAGACAGCAGCACCCGGAAAAAACGUGUGGGCAAAAGUCUGGAAGAGCCCGAGGGACUUGGGCGUAGGAUAUUGAGGCGAUUGUCGUCCAAAAAGGACGACGAGACCAACGGCCAGAUGAAACUAGCCGGCAUGGAAAACCGCGGUUUCGAAUUGGAUCCGCCGCCGCCAAACUCGCCAUGGAGAUUCCCGUACAACAGACCGGCCGCGCAAGGAGUGAAAUUCAACAGGAGCGUAUCGCAGGACUCCAUGACCAGUCAGACGUCCAGUUUGGCCGUGUCGUUCAACAACCGGGACAAAAGUCGAUUGUCGAUACUGAAAAAGUCAUCGCCCGCCAUAAGGUAACAUUAAUAUUGUGUCGACAGGGAGCAUUGUAAAUAAUUGUUUACCCGUGCCCGGCAGCGCACAACCGACGGCCGUGGUCGACAGAGCAAAAGAAGUGUCCAUGUGGUAGGAAAAUUCGAAACGAUUACACUAAUAACAAAAGUGCCACACAAAACGAUUUGUGAAUAUUCAACUCAAGUCUGAUCGUAGACAUAGAAAAAUACAAUAUGUAUCAUAUAAAAUAGUUAAGAUUAGUAUGUACGAAGAAAGUCAUAUUAGGCAUAAAUUAUGUACGAACGUAACGCGGUAAUAUUCGAUUAACUAAAACUUGUUUGUAAGUGAAACUAAUGAUGUAAUGAGGUUCGUACGGUUAAAAAAAACCGGCUUGGGUUACACCGAAAUCAAUACAAUUGCGAAGAAAUACAUAUUUUAUUUAAUAAGAUCAAAAAAAAAAAAAAAAAUGAAUAAUAAGUAGAAAAAUAAGCCAAGGCAAUGUCAAUUAGACGCGGAUAAUUAUUUCAAUGUGUUACCUAUACCUAUUUAUUUAUUAAUAAUAUUAAGUGAUUUAUAUAUAUAUAUAUAUAAAUUUAAUACUUGUAAUGAGUUAUCGAUAUUAUUAUUAUUAUUACUAUUUGAAUCAAAACAAUGAUUGUUGUACUAUAUGUUAUUAUAAAUUAUUACCCUUGACGAAUAAAUGUUUAUAUUUAUUUAUUAUA